AACAGUUUUGCUUGUAGUUUGCUAUUGAAGAUCAUCUCACCCUUGGGUGAAUCCUUGAGUAUGUCAGUACACCCUUAAUUUGCCUUUCUGACGUUUUGGAGUCGGGCCUUAUUUUACGGGCUUGGGGGGCUCAAAAGGAAUAAGUAGGUGAAUAUUUACCACCAGCUCUCGGUUUGAGAGCUGUCAUUGCAUUAAAAACGCUUUUGGAAUAGGUGUAUGCAAUCAAAUGUUUUGAAAGCAGGUGUGUUAAACAAAUAAAGCAAUAAACAGGGGAAACCCAGCGUGGCGUAUCUAGUGGUAUCUAGGUUUACAAGAACAGCUCGUUUUUUUCAAAUGUGUGCAUUCUCCAUAUAUUGGGUCAUUGUUGGUAACAAAUCUAGAGCAACGGCAUUGACGGUUCUGUGCGAAGUUUAAAAUUAAUAACGCCCUCUGUUUAUGAUCUGUUGAUUAACGCGCGAGCGACCUUUUAAACUAAAACUUUUAAAUUAAAAUAUAGUUUUCGUUAUUUGCCCAGCUGCUUGAAAUAUCCUGGAUCUGCCAUGACUGACUCUUUUCAAGCCAUUGUAUUUUCCCUUCUGGUAGAGAAAAUAACUGCAAGCAAUAUAACUAAUUUUUGCAAAGUUUGCGUAGUCCCGCUGCGUAUCCACAACAAUGUUGUAAAUCCAUGAAUUAGAUCCACAUUAAAACCACUCAAGGAGCAGAUGGUCAAUCAAAUAUGAAUGUAUUUGAGGGUUUGCUGUUCGUAAAGUUAUCCCAUAAGUCGCACUAGAUUAAUCGGAUAAGGUCAGCAACUAAUAUGAAUUUAACGUACGUUGAAGCGAGAUUUAAGAACGUACAAGUCCAAUUGGCUUCAAGACCAACUUAUCGAGUCGCCAUCGAGGUUUUGAUGUUUGGACUACUUUAUGUUAUAGGCUUUGUUGGCAACGCUGUCGUGUUGUGGAUCGUCAACAAAAAGAAGAACGAAGGAAAAGCAAUCUAUCUUUUUAUCGGUGCUUUGGCUUUCUCGGAUAUUCUAAUGGUGGUGUUGUCAUCAGUUACUUCACUAAUGGUUAGGGUACUUGGAAAAUGGCCAUUUUCUGAUACAAUCUGUCAAUUUCAAGGAUUCCUUGUUGUCUUUCUCGCGACCGUAUCUCUAUUGCUCAUGGCCGGUACCGCGGUCAACCGGUAUUUCCAAGUCGUGCGUACAAACUUCUAUCGACUGAUCUUCACCCCAAUGCACACAAGGCUCCUAGUUGGUGGAAUUUGGGUCCUGGCCUCGAUAGCGCCAAUUCAAUACGUGGCAAUCGGCGAGAGGUACAUUUUCCAUCCUGGGAAAUGCUUUUGUUUUCAAGAAAACAGCUUUAAGCCAUCUACAUUGUUUGUGUCCGUGAUCGUUUUUAUCCCGAUGUGUUUUAUAAUCGCUUCAUAUUACAAGGUCUUCAAAACCAUUCAAAGUCACAAACAUAGAGUGGCUAACAUGCAGAACAACGCCGACUCCAUCGCAGGACCAAACAUCCAGGAUGUUAAAGUGACGCGAACUCUCUUUGUGACAGUCGUGGGUUUCCUGUGUUGUUGGACGCCAAUUUUGAUUAUGGACUUGAUCGAAUUUGCCCGCGGAAUAUUAUUUCUUCCCAGAGAACUUUAUAUUCUUUACUCUUGGCUUGGAUUACUUUCCACAGUUAUUAAUCCUUUGAUAUAUGGGGUGAUGAAUCCUAUGUUCCGAGAGGAAUACAAGAAAAUUCUAAGAAUAAGAUCCACUGGUUGGGUGACAGAAGGUAAUCAUAUUGAAGUAGAGCAAGAGGUACGGUCGAGAAAGGUGGGGUGAUUUGUGGCCGGAAAACCGACAUAUUGAGGUAGUACCAAUAACUGCUACUGAUGGAAACAUCGGGGUGUAUGGUAGUCGGAAUACACAGGUUGUCUUAAUUGAGGUAUUACAAGGGAUACCAGCUACUGGUCGAGAUAAUGGGGUCUAGCUGGUCUGAAGACUAUACCGAAAAAGAUCCAAUAGAGUUGGUAUUUUUCAAAGGGCAAAUGAAAGAAAAUAACAUUUGACAAAAUAUAGACAACACCUAAACAAAAACAAAACGUCAAGCCAAAAGAAAUAGUACUAAUAGUAGAAAAUGCGUAAGAUAUAUUAAUAGAUAGUAAUAAUAAUAUUCUUAUUUUUAUUUGUGAGAAUAUAUCGAUAUAUUCAACAUCAGUUCAGCUGCUAAAACAGUAAAACAAUCAUUUCUCCAAAA